GAAUUAUUGCUGAACUUAUUGUUGACGUAAACCAUUAUAAAAUCAGGAGUAAUAAACAGUCUUAAACAACAUGCGAAUACUUGGAAAUGUCUCAAGUGUGAUGUCAGCGUUCAUUUUUGAACGGAACACAGGGGAUUCUAAUAUAUCUACAGUUAGCUCUAUAGUCAAACGCAGAUUAAUAUUAUAGAAAGCAACAUGGUUGCUGUACAUUGGAAAUACACGUCACCAUUUCGCGAUAUCUUUCACUUGAUAGCAGUGAUCUAAAAUAUUGAUAUAAAAAAGAAGUUAUCGAGGAUUUUAUUUCGAGAUGUUAUUGUGCAUGGAAACAAUAUUAAAAACUGCGUGUCUUUAGUGAAACAUAUUUCCUAACCUAUAACAAAUAUGCUGGUGUCUAAAUAUAUUUAAGUUUUCUUAUUAGUAUUAAUGUGUCCAAUGUUAUGUUAUAUUUUGCUCAAUUAUAUAAAAUUCAUCUAGUUGCAUAUGCCUUAAAAUAUGCGAUAUAGAAAGAUUUUACUCAACGAAUACAUCAAAUGCAUUGCUGUUUAAAGUAGUAAUAGUUAUUACACUGUGAUUUAAUGGGCAACUUUUUUAAUUUAUUUAAAAGAGGAUUUGACAUUGAAAGAAGAGUAGAUAUUUUUCUUAGAUAUAUUUCAAUGAGAAUUUUGUGACUGAAAUAUCUAUAUUAACUGUUAUAAUAAGGAAUAAUGGGACCAAAUAACGAAGAUCAAGUUUCAAGUAGGGAUCCUAACGAUGACAGAAAUGUUGAUUGGUCCAAAUAUGGUUUACAUAAUACAGAAAUGCAAAGAAAUUCACAAAGAAAUAAUGGAAGCUAUGAAGAAUUUGGUUCAGAAAUGUAUCAAACUGGAGCAAAUGAAUUGUUUGCUCAAGAGUAUAGUGCUGAUCCAUGGUGGAAAUCCAAUUUUUUUAUAUCACAACCGGUAUUAUUUGGUACUUGGGAUGGUGUUUUUACUUCUUGUCUAAUCAAUAUUUUUGGAGUUAUUGUAUUUUUAAGAUCUGGUUGGAUAGUUGGUCAAGCUGGAGCUUUAAAUGCAGCACUGAUCAUUUUUUCUACAGUUAGUAUUGCACUAGUAACUGUAUUGUCUGCAGUGGGUAUAUGUGAACGAUGUAGAGUAGAAAGUGGAGGAGUCUACUUUUUGUUAUCUCAUGUAUUAGGAUCAAGAUUUGGUGGAUCCAUUGGUCUUCUUUACUGUUUUGGACAGGCUGUAGGUUGUGCUUUAAACGUUCUAGGAUUUGGAGAAUCUAUGGCAGGUUUAGUUGGUUUAGAUUCUGCUUGGGCCCAGAGAGGUUUUGCUUGUGCUGCUGUUAUUUUGUUAUCUGCGAUCAAUAUAGCAGGUGUAAAGUGGGUCAUUAAGUUACAGUUCGUACUUCUUUUAAUAUUACUCCUUGCUGGGGUAGAUUUCAUGGUUGGAAGUUUCACACACGAAGAUCCCAAUGCUGGAUUUGAGGGGUGGUUGUCUGGAAAUUUACGAAACAACACUUUUCCUGAUUAUCAAGAUGGUUAUAAUUGGUUCACAGUUUUUGGUGUCUUUUUUCCUACAGUUACUGGUGUUUUAGCCGGUAUUAAUAUGAGUGGUGAUUUGAGGCAUCCAUCAACUGAUAUACCACAUGGUACAUUGGCAGCUUUGGGAACUGGAACAGUACUAUAUCUUUGUUUCUCACUAUUCUUGGCAGCAACAUGUACUAGGACUGCUCUUCUUACAAAUUUUAUGAUAGCAUCAACGGUUUCUGCAAUUUCAGUACUUCUUCUUGCUGGUCUUUAUGUAUCUUCAUUUAGUAGUUGUUUAGGUGCAAUGUAUGGUACACCUCGUGUUCUUCAGUCUAUAGCUAGUCAGAAUGUUAUUCCAGGAAUAAGUUGUUUACAAAGAGGAAGAGGACCAAAUAAGGUGCCUAUUUAUGCUAUGUUGGUUGUGGCUGCAGUUACAUUAACUUUUAUAAUUACUGGUCAAAUUAAUACUCUUGCACCUAUUGUAACAAUGCCAUUCCUUCUAACAUAUGCGUGUUUAGAUUACGCUUAUUUUGCACUUGCUCAAACUUUUGAUAUUCGAUAUAUGAGAGAACAAAGAUUCAGAACGCAAUCUCCGACAUUUGAUCGUAAUUAUGGUUCCGCUAGUAGGAAUAAUUCUUUAACAGAAAUAGAUAAUGACUUAGAUAGUUUAUUUCCUGAGAGAAUAAGGCAUAAAAAUUUGAGAAGCUCUAGCAUUUCUGAAAACAAUGGAUAUGUAGAUUCAUCGCCGAGUUUAGAAGAAAACAGUACAAGUUCUAUCGAACGAAAAGUUCAUAUACAUAAUAAAUUGGGGAAUUGGUAUAGUCCUUUGUGUAAUAGAUGGUUUUCACUCUUAGGUUGUUUGGUAAAAUUAUUCAUCAUGUUUCUGGUUCAUUGGGGUUAUGCUAUCGCAAACAUUGUUGUCGUUUUCCUUGUAUGGAGUUAUGUAGGUCAUGCUAAUCCGGCCGUAAAGCCUGGAAUUUCUGCUGAGUUUCAAUUCUUCAAAUGGUUAAGAACUUCAUUGUUAAGACUUAUGGGGAGAAAGGUUUAUGAUUAUGAACAAAUCGUUGUAACACCUGUACCACCGGGUGUUGAAAUUUGUUCUGCACAAUUGAAUGAAGAAAAUGAGGAUUUUGCUGGAAGGCGACGAUAUCAUCAAACGGCUACAGUUACAGGUCAAUACGUAAACGUCGAUUAGAUUUCGAUUUAUGGAAUUUUUCUUUGAUACGUAUGAUUAUAACUGAUAUGUAUAAUAAGAUAUACAAUCUAAUUGACGUUAUGUAGAGAUUUUUAAUAUAUUCAUAAUUUUUGUUUAAUACCUAGGAA